AUUUGUCUUGUUUUAUAUAGUAAUAUCGGUGUCCACUUACAUUUUAUCUCCAACUCUUCUAAGUCUGUGACCAAAUUUCUCAAAAUCUUGCACUACCCAUCAGGAAAAUGGCCACCAUUACUGCCUCCAAGUUGCCAACAGUUUUGGCCCCUGCAAGCUUCAAGAAAACAACCAGGAUUCACUCCAUUCCUAUUCUUGGGUUGCCGGUAAUGGCAAGAGAGUGCAAGGUGAGGUGCAGCCUAGAGGAGAAGAAAGAGACAAGAUCCACGGGUAAGAACACAAGCAUGGUUUUAUCGUUGAUGGCAACAGCAGCAAGCACAGCAGGGCCAGCCAUGGCGUUGGUGGAUGAGAGAAUGAGCACAGAAGGGACUGGACUUCCCUUUGGUUUGAGCAACAACCUUCUUGGAUGGAUACUUCUUGGUGUGUUUGGUUUGAUUUGGUCUUUCUAUACUGUCUAUACUUCAAGUCUUGAAGAAGAUGAUGAUUCUGCUUUGUCCCUCUAAGAAACCAAGGGCUUCUCUCCACUGUAACAAAUGAAUAAAAUAGCUUGCAAAUGGAAAGUGGGAAAUGGGUGUCCCUUGUAUCAUUGCUUGAACAUUUUCCUUAAUUGCAAAAUAAUAAUUGUUAUCAUUAUUUCCCUAA